AUUGUUAAACUGACUGUUUAUAGAAUGCUUCCGAAAAACCUUCAGAGGAGGACUAUGAUGCAGAGGCUGCACCUGUUCCCAGAAGAUGUUAUUCCAGAAGAUAUACAGAAGAAUCUUCUACAAGAGAUUCCUCAGCCACGUGCAGUCCCCAAGAGGUUAGAUGAAUAUACACCAGAAGAAAUUGCUGCCUUUCCAAAGGUUUGGACUCCGUAA